AAAGUGCAAUUUUGGAAAGGUGUCGCCAUCACCAGGACGCAUCUCCGGCGAGAUUCACCGCCUCUGCUCUCGCCACGGAGUCUUCUGGCUUCGCUCUCCUUAUAUACCCCCUCUUCCUCUCCCUCUUCCAAUGCGACUCCUUUCUUAGUCUCCUCCAAGAGCUCGAGAUAGUGAAGAAGAAGAGAGAUGUUCGCAUCCGCACCGCUUCAGCCCCCAACAACGAACUUAGGGUUUCGUCGUGCCGUGGUCUCAGUGGAGAAGCGUAUUGGGCGGAGCAGUGUAAUCACUCCCGGGUCAGCUAGAUUGAGACAUCCGUCGCCUCGGCUCGAGGCGGUUUCCCGCGGCGAGGAACAGUGCUGUGAUUCCACUGGAACUGGAGCAUCCCCCCAUGUAUUAUCGACUGUUGGAAAAUCAACAAAUAUCUUAUGGCAUGAAUGUCCAGUUGGAAAACUUGACCGGCAAAAGUUGCUGGGGCAAAAAGGAUGUGUUGUGUGGAUCACAGGCCUCAGUGGAUCAGGUAAAAGCACUCUUGCUUGUUCUCUGAGCCGAGAACUGCACCAUAAAGGGUAUCUAACAUACAUCCUUGAUGGUGACAAUAUUAGACAUGGCCUGAAUGGAGAUCUCAGUUUUAAUGCGGAAGAUCGUACUGAAAACAUACGGAGAGUUGGAGAAGUGGCAAAAUUGUUCGCGGAUGCUGGUGUCAUUUGUAUUGCUAGUUUAAUUUCUCCAUACAGAAAGGAAAGAGAUGCCUGCCGUGCAAUUAUGCCAGAUUCAUCAUUUAUUGAGGUAUUUCUUAAUAUUCCUCUGGAGGUUUGUGAAGCAAGAGAUCCGAAAGGAUUGUACAGACUUGCACGAGCAGGAAAGAUUAAAGGUUUUACUGGGAUAGAUGAUCCAUAUGAACCACCACUGAAUUGUGAGAUAACAAUAGAACUGGAAGAUGGAAAAUGUCCUACCCCAAAAGCUAUGGCGGAGGAAGUUGCAUUCUUCCUUGAAAAAAAUGGGUUUCUCCAGGGUUAAUAACUUAAUAUGAUAAGCUAUGGUCUACAUCUCGUGGACCAAGGAGUGCUUGUCUUUUAAUCAUCAGGAUUGUAAUAAGUCAUGCCAACUUUCUUCUGAUGUGAUACAAGAACAACCAGAAUUCGUGUGAGCUCAUGGAGAAGAAGAUUCUUUCAUUGUUUGCUCUUAUUUUUGGGUCGAAAUAAUGGGAAGACGGUUUCUCAGCAUGUGGUUGUCGUCAUCCACAUUGGUUUGCAAAAAAGGGCCUUUGUAUUGAAAAUGAACAGUCAGUUUCUACUGCGUCAUAGAUAUCAUGUCAUGUUUUCCCCUUUUGUGGAAUUAUUUAUUAUAGCAAAAUUUCAA